AUGGACCUCAGUGAAAGUUCCUAUAUUGUACUGAAUGAUGGGAAUAAAAUCCCAGUGAUUGGUUUUGGCACCUAUGCUCCAGAUAAGUUUCCAAAAAACCUGUCAGAGGAAGCUACAAAGUUGGCCAUUGAAGUUGGUUACCGACAUAUUGAUUGUGCUUACUUCUAUGGCAAUGAACCAGAAGUUGGAUGUGCCAUAAAGGCAAAGAUUGAAGAUGGGACAGUCAACAGAGGGGAUUUGUUUUACACUGGAAAGCUUUGGAAUACCUUCCACAUUCCUCAGCUUGUCCGACCAGCGCUGGAGAAAUCCCUGCAGGAUGUUCAACUAGAUUACAUGGACCUCUUCUUAAUCCAUAUGCCUAUGGAACUUAAGCCAGGGGAUGAUCUUUUGCCCAUAGAUGAGAAUGGACAUUUCAUUUACCAUAACACAGACCUGUGUGAUACUUGGAAGGCUAUGGAGCAGUGUAAAGACGCAGGGCUGGUAAGGUCCAUAGGAGUCUCUAACUUUAACCGCAGACAACUGGAGAUGAUACUGAACAAGCCUGGGCUAAAGUAUAAACCAAGCUGUAACCAGGUUGAAUGCCAUAUCUAUUUGAAUCAGAGCAAACUCUUGGCGUUCUGCAAAUCGCAAGAUAUUGUGCUGGUGGCGUAUGGUGUACUGGGGUCUGCAAGAGAUGAAAACUGGGUUGACCAGAAUGCCCCUGUUCUUCUUGAAGAUCCAGUGUUAAACCAGAUUGCUAACAAGUACAAUAAGCUUCCUGCUCAAGUGGCACUGAGAUACAUUCUGCAGCUUGGGGCGGUUGUCCUGGCAAAAAGUUUCAAUCCAACACGCAUAAAACUAAAUUUCCAGGUCUUUGACUUUCAGUUAUCUCCAGAAGACAUGAAAUCCCUUGAAGCACAAAACAGAAACCUCCGCUAUAUGAACUCUUCAUUAUGGAUGGACCACCCCGAAUUUCCUUUCCAUGAUGAAUAUUAA